AUGGAUGGCUACUCGGUCCUGAGAGUGAUCGGGGAGGGCUCCUUCGGCAGAGCCCUUUUGGUUCGGCAGGAGAGCAGUAAUCGGAUGUUUGCCAUGAAGGAAAUAAGGCUUUCCAAGUCUUUCUCUGAUACACAGAAUUCCAGGAAGGAAGCUGUUCUGUUAGCCAAAAUGAAACACCCCAAUAUUGUUGCCUUUACAGAGUCAUUUGAAGCUGAAGGGCAUCUCUAUAUUGUGAUGGAAUAUUGCGAUGGAGGGGACCUAAUGCAGAAGAUUAAACAUCAGAAAGGAAAGUUGUUUCCUGAAGAUAUGAUACUUAAUUGGUUUACACAGAUGUGCCUUGGAGUAAAUCACAUUCACAAGAAACAUGUAUUACACAGAGAUAUCAAAUCCAAGAACAUCUUCCUCACCCAAAAUGGACAAGUGAAACUGGGAGAUUUUGGAUCUGCCCAUCUUCUCUCCAAUCCCAUGGCAUUUGCUUGUACGUAUGUGGGAACACCUUAUUAUGUGCCCCCGGAAAUUUGGGAAAACAUGCCUUAUAACAAUAAAAGUGACAUCUGGUCCUUGGGAUGCAUUCUGUAUGAACUCUGUGCCCUGAAGCAUCCAUUUCAGGCAAAUAGUUGGAAAAGUCUUAUCCUGAAAGUAUGUCAGGGGGCUGUGAGCCCACUGCCAUCUCAUUAUUCCUAUGAGCUUCAGCAUCUAAUCAAGCAGAUGUUUAAAAGGAAUCCUUCCCAUCGCCCCUCAGCUACCACGCUUCUCUCUAGAGGCGUUUUAGCUCGGCUUAUCCGGAAGUGUUUAACCCCACAGAUCAUCACAGAAUAUGGAGAACAAGUAUUAGAAGAAACCAAAAAAUCUAAGCUUAGUACACCAAGAAAAAAGGACUCCAGCAGAAUCAAUAUCGCUUUGGAAAAAGAAGCAAGCACAGUGCAAGGGGAAGAACAAGGUAGAAAAUGUAGCCACCCUGAUUUAGAAAGCACUAAUAAAAAUUCAGUGGCAAGUACACUGAGGAGAGGAAACAGAGAAGAGAAAGAUGAUAAAUCAGUCCACCCGAGGGAAGCCAGUUCACCAAAUCCCCUCAGGCGACAGUGGGAGAAACGUGCAUCCUCUACAGCGCUUGCAGCUUUGGAAAACGCAUCCAUACUCUCCUCCAGUUUGACCGCAGAGGAUGAUAGAGGUGGUUCUGUAAUAAAGUACAGUGGAAAUAAUAGCCGUAAGCAGUGGCUCAAAGAGACUCCUGAGACCUUGUUGAACAUCCUUAAGAAUGCUGAUCUCAGCUUGGCAUUUCAAACAUACACAAUAUAUAGACCAGGUUCAGAAGGGUUCUGCUUGAAAGGUCCCCUGUCUGAAGAAGCAGAAGCAUCAGACAGUGUUGACGGAGGUUACGAUUCUGUCAUUUUGGACCCAGAGAGACUCGAACCUGGACUGGAUGAGGAGGACACGGACUUUGAGGAGGAAGAUAACUUUGAUUGGGUGUCGGAACUGAAGCAGAGGGCUGGCUGGCAAGGAGUGUCUGGUGACUGA